UACUGGGAAGUUUUAUUUUAACAUGGGAAUGUCCUAAGCUGUGUAAGAGUGACGGCUUUCAAUGGGAGUUAAUAUGCCUUUAAGGUGUGACCCUGUAGGAGGGGUUACAUAAUAUUUAAACUGAACCUUGGCUCUUACUUUCGGUUAUCUUUCAAAGCCCCUGCAGUCACGGAGUGUCGUGUAAACAGCUCUGUUCUGCUGUAUUUAACGGCACUCAGAGCAGGAUUUCUAUGUACACACUAUGGGUGUGUUUAAGUUUUCCAAAGUGGACUUCCUCUUCACUUGUGUGGGUUGGUUGUUCUUGCUGUUGGACGUAGUGCUGGACAUAUGGGCUGUUGUGUCUUUCUACCAGGAAAAGGCCUACGUGUGUCUCGGUAUCCUGCUGCUGUUUCUGGUGGGCUCGUCAGUUCUUGUUCAGAUCUUCAGCUGGCUGUUUUAUAGUUAUGAGGACUUUAAGAGGGAGACAAAAGUUGAGAGGUACCUGAGUCGGGGCAAGCUCAAGCUGCUACAUGUAUUGCAGCUGGGAAUCUACUUAAGGCAUUUAGGUGUUGUGGAGGUUUCUGUACGCAGCUUCUUCACAACGUUGUCAGACCCCGAGAGUACCGCAGUGUUCCUGAACCAUGACCUCAGCUUCCUGCGGCUCAUAGAGACGUUCUCAGAGAGCACCCCUCAACUCGUCCUCAUGCUCACCAUCAUCCUGCAGCGGGGUGAUCUGGACCCUAUAACAGUGUUGAAGGCGUUGGGGUCAGCCUCAGCCAUCGCCGUCAGUGUGACCAUGUACCACCGCUGCAUGCGCUCCUUCCUGCCAGACAAGGAAAAGCAGCCGCCGUCCUCAUCGGCGGUCUAUUUCCUCUGGAACCUCUUCCUCAUCUCGUCUCGCCUCAUCGCCCUCGCCCUGUUCGCCUCCAUUCUGCCCUGCUUCAUCUUCACCCACUUUGUUUGCUCCUGGCUGGUUUUAUUCUUCUUCGCCUGGAGAUCCAACACCGACUUCAUGGAGAAACCUUGUGGAGAGUGGCUUUACCGGGCCACAGUGGGCCUCAUCUGGUACUUUGACUGGUUCAACGCGGUCGAGGGGAGGACGAGGUACAGGACUCUGCUCUACCACGGGUACAUACUGGCUGAUAUUGUCCUCCUCUGCAGCUUGUGGUGCUGGAAGAUGAGCACAGAACCACCUUCUUUUGAAAUCCCACAGUUGUACGCUAUAAUCACUGCUGCCUGUGUUGUUUCAGUUUACAUUCUUGGUCUCUUAUUUAAAAUAGUAUAUUAUAAGUUCUACCAUCCAAACCUUGCCAAACACGAGUUAAAAGGGGGCCCUACUGGAGAUAUGGUGGAUGGGGACAUCAAUAUUCAAACUAGGUCUCUAGGCGUAGAUGUUACAGUUCGCAGCAUGCCCAGCUCACCAGCACCUGAUGUUAAACACUACAGUAAAAGAAUGAGGAAGUUGGCCGAGAACUUCUACGCCUCCUGAUCUGCAUCACUUGACAUCCACCGGACACCGAGGUUAGACAGAGACUAAGUCAUGCAAAUGUCAGUCAACUGGACAAUGAAGAUCACGGGCUGUGUGGGAUCGUGGGCUAUGACUUGAUCCCUGAUUAACCACAAUGUCGACAUCAGUUCAAAUCGAGAAUGCUGGAUUCUUGUAAACCCUCUCUGCACUGUAUGAACUGGUGCUGCUGUCUACCAAAGCACAUAAAGCGUUAUUGUUAUUUAACAUUUAUUAUUAUUAUUUAUCACUAUUAACUGAUUUCCUUGUUAAAGGAUAAAUUCACAUUCUGUCAAGUCUGCCUUAAAAUAAUACUGACAUGCCUUUAUGUACACUAAAAGAGUUAUUGGUCGCUGUAAUUGUUCCUUUGGUCCAUAACAGUGCUGCAACUAACAAAUGUUUUCAUUAUCGAUUAAUCCGUCAGUCAUUGUCUCAAUUAAUCGAUUAAUUGCUUG